UCUUCUUCUUCCUCUUCUCCUUCUCUUAACUUAACAAAAAUAAAACCAAAGUGCUGGUGAAGUUAAAUGGUGUAAUAUUUCCACACCACCACCAUUUAAAAAAAAAAAAAUAAAAAAAAAUAAAGCUUACAAAAAGCAGAAAUAAAGAAAGCAUUUGGUUCUUCUUUUCUUUUCUUUUUCUUUUUUCUCCUUUUCUUGUUGCCUCUGCCAAGCAUCUUUACCUCACUUUCUUCUGUUCUUUUCCCUCUCUCCUCCUCCUCCUCUUCUCAUUUGUUGUUCUAUUCUAUUCUUUCCUUCUUUUUCAGUAAAUUUUGUUUCUUUCUUCCACUUCAUUGCAUCUCAUCUUUCUUCUCUUCUCUUGUGUUAGCUUAAUUUCUUUUCUUUUCUUUUUUCUUCUGCUUCUUGUUUAUUGAUAUUUCUUUCUUUCUAUUUGGCAUUGUUUCUUGAUCAGCAAAGUUGGGUUGCUUUUGUUUUUAUCUGUAUUAUUUUGUGUUUUAUUUAAUUUCCUUUUCUGGGUUCUCCUUCCCUCUUUGAAUUUGAUCUUCUAACAAAUUCACUGUCUAAAUCUUUCCUGGGUUUUUGCUGAUCAAGUGGUUAGAUAGUAGUAAAAGAGAAAAAAUCCAAAAUUUUCAGUUCUAGAACAAGCAAAUUUCUCUCUCUCUUGAAUUCAACUUUUCUAUUAUGGUUUAAAUACUUCUCCUUUCUUGAUCACAAUACAGCAAGGCUGAGUCUUUACCUUUUCUUGAGGAUUUUUGAACUCUUAUUUUCUUGAAUUUCUGUUAACAUGGGACUUUGUCAUGGAAAACCCACUGAGCACCCACAAAACAGAUCACAACAAGACACAACUCUUCCCUUUGAAAACAACCCUCCAACAAAUUCCCACAACACAAAAUCUUCAAACUUUCCAUUUUACAGCCCAAGUCCAUUGCCAAGUCUCUUCAAGAACUCACCAGCAAUACCAAGUGUGAAUUCCACUCCUCUGCGUCUUUUCAAGCGCCCCUUUCCUCCUCCUUCGCCUGCAAAGCAUAUCCGGGCGUUGCUUGCAAGAAGACACGGGUCUGUGAAGCCUAAUGAGGCCUCAAUCCCUGAGGGACAUGAGAGUGACAUUGGUUUGGACAAGAAUUUUGGGUUUUCAAAACAGUUUUUGGCUCAUUAUGAGCUUGGUGAGGAAGUGGGACGUGGGCAUUUUGGAUAUACUUGCUCUGCUAAGGCCAAAAAGGGGAGCUUGAAAGGCCAGGAUGUGGCUGCAAAAGUUAUUCCUAAGUCUAAGAUGACGACUGCGAUCGCCAUAGAGGAUGUAAGAAGGGAAGUGAAGAUAUUACGGGCUCUGACAGGGCAUAAAAACCUAGUACAGUUCUAUGAUGCUUAUGAAGAUGAUGACAAUGUUUAUAUAAUAAUGGAGUUGUGCAAAGGUGGCGAACUAUUGGAUAGAAUACUGUCAAGGGGUGGAAAAUAUACAGAAGAAGAUGCAAAAGUUGUUAUGGUUCAGAUUUUAAGUGUGGUGGCCUUCUGUCAUUUCCAAGGUGUGGUUCACCGUGAUCUCAAGCCUGAGAAUUUUCUUUUUACUUCUAAAGAUGAGAAUUCACCCCUGAAGGCCAUUGAUUUUGGACUCUCCGAUUAUGUAAAGCCAGAUGAGAGGCUGAAUGACAUCGUAGGAAGUGCAUAUUAUGUAGCUCCUGAAGUACUACAUAGAUCAUAUGGGACUGAAGCUGAUAUGUGGAGUAUUGGUGUCAUAGCUUAUAUUCUUCUGUGUGGAAGUCGGCCUUUUUGGGCUCGAACAGAGUCUGGCAUUUUCCGAGCUGUCCUUAAAGCAGAUCCAAGCUUUGAUGAAGCCCCUUGGCCUUCUUUAUCCCCUGAGGCAAUUGAUUUUGUGAAGAGAUUGUUAAACAAGGACUACCGGAAAAGACUAACUGCUGCGCAAGCUCUGAGUCAUCCAUGGCUGGCCAAUUAUCAUGAUGUGAAGAUACCAUCAGAUAUGAUAGUAUACAAGCUUGUAAAAGCUUAUAUAGCUUCUUCUUCAUUACGAAAAGCAGCAUUAGGGGCUCUUGCAAAGACAUUAACAGUGGCUCAGCUAGCUUAUCUUCGGGAACAAUUUACAUUGUUGGGCCCAAACAAAAGUGGAUUCAUAUCUAUGCAAAACUAUAAGACGGCUGUGACAAAGUACUCCACCGAUGCCAUGAAGGACUCACGGGUUCUAGACUAUGCCAGCAUGAUCAGUUCUCUUCAAUAUAGAAAACUGGAUUUUGAAGAAUUUUGUGCUGCGGCCAUAAGUGUGCAUCAGCUGGAAGGAAUGGAGACUUGGGAGCAACAUGCUAGGCAUGCCUAUGAGUUGUUUGAGAAGGAUGGCAACAGACCAAUAAUGAUAGAGGAACUUGCAUCAGAGCUUGGACUUAGUCCAUCAGUACCUGUUCAUGUUGUUCUCCAAGACUGGAUCAGGCACUCCGACGGAAAGCUUAGUUUCUUGGGAUUUGUUCGACUUCUACACGGCGUUUCGUCCCGCACAUUUCAAAAAGCCUGAAUAAUAUACACUCAGUUUAUCCAUCUUUAUAACUAUUCUUCUGCAGAAAUGUCUCGUGGGGACAAAAUGCAUUGCUUAACUUGGGAGCUUGCCAACAAGCUAGCUAGCGCUGUGCUUAUCUUAAAUUGCAGAAAGGGCGCCUCUCAGCAUGCAUCGCUGUAUGAAGCCAUUCGUGGCAUGUCAUCGUCAUCGUCUCAAUUUCUUCUACUUCUUCUUCUUCUUCUUCUUUCUCCUCCUCUUUAUGUAAGGUUUUGCAUUUCAAUGAUUUAGUUUUGUGAUUUGUGUCGUUGGAAAGUAGAGGAUUGUACAGAUAAGAAAGGUAGAAUUGGCCAAAAUGUAUGUAGUGUUAGCGAAGAGCUUAAAACCUAAGUGAGUUCUUUUUUUUUUGGUGGAUUUGGGGUUUAUACCUAGUGUACCCCCUGCUCUUCCUCUCAUUCUCAUAAUAAAUCAUUCUUGUGCUCUCUAUUUUU